CCCCGUCUCCCGUCUGGUCAAUAGCGGCGCGGCGACGGCGCAUGCGCGGCGCGGGCCGCAGCACGCCCCCGCGCUGCCUCCCCCCCAGCGCGUCUCCCUCCGCCCUAUAUAAGGCGGGCGCGGCGGGGCUCCCGGCUCCGCAGUGUGCGUGGGCGGGCGGCGGCGGCGGUGGCACCCCCUCAGCGCGGCCUCCGCCCCUCACAGCGGCCCGGCCCCGGCCCGGCGGCGCCAUGAGCUCGGGGACCCCCUACAUCGGCAGCAAGAUCAGCCUGAUCUCCAAGGCGCAGAUCCGCUAUGAGGGCAUCCUCUACACCAUCGACACCGAGAACUCCACCGUGGCGCUGGCCAAGGUGCGGUCCUUUGGUACUGAAGACCGGCCCACAGACAGACCUGCUCCUCCAAGAGAAGAAAUCUAUGAAUACAUUAUUUUCCGAGGAAGCGACAUCAAAGACAUCACGGUCUGUGAACCUCCAAAAGCUCAACAUACCCUGCCACAAGAUCCUGCCAUUGUUCAAUCUUCACUGGGCUCUGCCUCCACAUCCUCCUUUCAGCCACAUGUGCCUUACAGCCCGUUUAGAGGUAUGCCACCUUACAGCCAGCUUGCUGCCAGCUCUUUACUUAGCCAGCAGUACGCAGCUUCAUUAGGUUUAGAGAAAUUGGUAAGCCCUCCAGCAUCAGCAGCUGCUUCCAGCCCUAGUUCUUCUCCGUCUCCACAACCUGUUUCAGAGCCUGACAUGUCUUCAGAGCCCCAUCAGCUCUCUUCCAAGGGUGCUGGCUUUCCGCCUGUUCACCCAGUCCGCAAAAGCCCCAUGGUAGAGCAGGCUGUUCAGACUGGCCCGGUUGACAACAUGAAUUCACAAAAACCGCCCCCAGUGAAAGUAACUCCAGGGGUUCAGCGCAACGGACGGCAGGUUCCGCAGAGCAACACUAAGACAAAUGUAGAUACAGUUCAGGCACCACCUGUGCAACCCCAAGGGCAGGUGAAUGAUGAAAACAGAAGACCUCAAAGGAGAAGAUCGGGAAACAGGAGAACCAGAAAUCGUUCUAGAGGACAAAACAGACCAACUACUGUGAAGGAAAAUACAAUAAAGUUUGAAGGUGACUUUGACUUUGAAAGUGCAAAUGCACAAUUCAACAGAGAGGAACUUGAUAAAGAAUUCAAGAAGAAACUAAACUUUAAAGAUGACAAAGCAGAGACAGGGGAAGAGAAAGGGGACCCUGGAGUGGCAACUCAAAACAAUGAUGGUAGUGCAGAGGAGGACCUUCUGGGACCCAACUGCUAUUAUGAUAAAUCCAAGUCUUUCUUUGACAACAUCUCAUCAGAACUGAAAUCUAGUUCUAGACGUACCACAUGGGCUGAAGAAAGGAAACUCAACACUGAGACAUUUGGAGUGUCUGGCCGGUUCCUUCGUGGCCGCAGCUUUCGUGGUGGAUUUCGAGGUGGAAGGGGUACCGGAGCAGCAAGGCGAAACCAAACCACUCACAGAGCUGGUACUGGCAGAGUGUAACUGCAGAGGUUCUAACUUCUCUCCUGAGAGGAUGAAACUGUACAUAGAAAGAAAACAACCAACUGCUGCACUAAUGUGGGAAAAUGGUUCAUAUUGUUUACUGUCUCAGCUCAAGUGACAGAACUUCAUGUACUACUGCUUAUAUUCUGGACUUAUUUUGGACCAGCAACUGUCAGCUGGAGUAUUCUUUGGAAGAGGGAAUGUGUUCAGGGGUACCUUCUUCAGGGUGUCUUUUCUUUGUUUUUUUUUUUUUUCUUUUUAAGUGCAGACUAACUUACAUGGUUCUUCUUUCUGGGUCUCUCAAAGGCUGCUGUAGUCUAAGCUCAAAGUCAGACUCCUUUUCUGAACCCUGAAGAAGAUAAAUCAUGGUAUUUUAACAUGGAACCAAAGCUCACUUGAAAUAAACCAGCUAACUUGUUUGUUCUGAGUAACCAAAUGAAUUCUUUGGUGCUGCUGGUCUUACUGUUCUUGGCAGCAUGUGUGAAGUAGCACUUGGCAUCUGAAAAAGUGGAUUCCUGGUGCAGGGGAGUUAUGUAUAUUGUCACUUGGGAAUACUGGAUUGUUGAUCAUGUAGUAGUGUAAAUGACUGUACAACUGUUUGCCACCUGGUACUGAUGUGGAGGUACAGCAGGUUCGCGCAGAGCUGUGACUCUCCCUCGAGUUAAGGGUGCUGGGCACUCCUCAGAGGCUUCGAGCUUCUCACCAGGGUGGGGCAGGGCGGGAGGGCAGCGUGCUGUGUCCUCCGCAGGACGGGGCAGCGGGGACACACCGCUGCUGUGUGCACCGAGUGGAUGUGCACCGAGUGGAGAGUCCGUGGCAGCAGCUGGCUGCCGGGGGCCUGGAGCUCCGGCUUCUUGCCUCGGUGCGUACCUCGUUCAUCUGGUACUGAAUGCAAACAGUUCUCUGUACACUAGUAGACUGUGGUGGAACACUAUGGAAUGUUUUCAUUAGGAAUGGGGAGUCCAUAUAAUGAAGCUUAACAGAUGGGCAUGUUUAAGUUGUUUCCUCUAUACCCCCAUACUGUAAAUAGUUUAGUUGUUUUUCUUUUGUUUUUAAAAUCUGUAUGUGGGGAGAGGGGCUGGGAGGGAAGGGGUUACAUUUGUUUGCAUGAAUAAGUGGGUUAAAUUGCUAUAGGCAUGUGUCCCUUUUUUGGUUGGUAGGGAAUUUUGUUGAAAAAGCACCUUGAUGACUGAACCCCUUACAUAGCUAGAAUUUUUUAGUUAUGCAUUGACUUAGGUUACUGUAAAAGCUUGGAUUUAUUUUUGUAGGACUUUCUUGCUAAGAAUUAGAACAUAGCAGUGGGGCUGCUCUUUGGAGUAAUGUAAAUUGUAAUUAUAAUAAACAUGUAAAUGUUUAA